AUGCCCGUGUAUUGUGCAGCUUUCGGCUGUAACAAUAAACGCAACGUCAGAACCAAGUCCCAGCAGAUUACUUUUCACGGGUUUCCAAAAGAGAAACAGAUAAGGAAGCAAUGGGAAGUUGCCCUGAGGAGACAAAACUUUGUCGCCAGUGACCACUCGGUGGUCUGCAGUGCUCAUUUCAAACCGGAGGACUUUGACAGGACUGGCCAAACUGUACGACUUAGAAUUGGAGCAACUCCGUCCGUUUUCAGUCUCCCUUGUGAGCUCCCAAAAGAUCACUCUUACACAUUGCCUUCUGCUGCUAUUCUGAGACGGCGACUAGAUGAAGCCCUCGACAGGAUCGAUAGUUUAGAGCGGGAGAGCAGGAACGCGAAGGUCAGGGAAAGCAGGUCCAAGGAAACCGUGCGCUGUCUUAUCGACGAGCUGAGGGAGAAAAAACUCAUCAAUGAAGAAUUAAAAGACCGACUUGAUCUUUACUCAGGGCUCAACUUGGACGUCCUCGCAAAAAAGAGCCAUGAGUACUCAAAGGACCAGCGAGAGUUUGCACUUACGCUCCACCUCCAUGGUCCAAAAGUCUACCACUACCUCCGGGAGACUUUGCAGCUUCCCCUCCCACACUCAAAGACUUUGCAAAAGUAG